AUGGAGCGAGAUGGCGGCUCACUCCUUUAUUUCCGGGCUGAUCCCGAUGUCCCAAUCACAUAUUGGGAAAAUAUGUCGGUUAAAGAGAAACAGGAAUUUCUUCAAUUGAGAGACCAAUUUCAUCAAAAUCAAAAAGCAUCAAUGAAAGACAGACGACUAGUUUCUUUUGGUAAUGAAAUGCAAAUGGUCUUGAAAUACACAGAAAAAUCCGAUACAUUCAGAGAAAAUAAAUGCAUAUUAAUUGGAAUUGCCUUUGCUGGACCUUUCAUAUGUGUUAAUACACGUCAGUUAAAAACAUUUCUCGGUCGAUGUAAGUCCUCAAUCAACGGCAGCUUUCAACAACUCGGAUAUGUUGCCCUCAGAACGAAAUCCAAGGCGAGAAACUGCGUGCUAUCAGUUUUACCAUCAUUAUCGAACGAGCCAAACCUUCUUAGACAAUGGUCUGUUCGAUAUGCUUCCGAUGAUGCAAAAUACUGCUAUAUUUCUCGUUUUAUGCCUUCACAAUUACCAACAAUUACUCCUGAGGACUUGUUUGAUGAAAGGAAACAGAAUUCUGCACUUCCUCAAAGGCAAAUGACAACCGCAACUUCAAUGCAGAAUAUUGCGCAGUUUUCUCGUAUGAAUACCGCUGUAGCACACCAGAUACCGCGCGUCCCAUCGGUUCCUGUUCAAAAGUCAAUCCUUCCGCCGCCAAUUUCGAAGCAAUCGAAGAAGAUGAUCGAGUUCGACCUUCCUGAGGUUUCUGAGCUCGGGUUUUACGAUGAUACUCCCGAUAUGCCCGAGUUAUCUACAUCUUUCACUCUCGAUUGCUUCAAUGAUGUUGAUCUCUUGGAUAGCAACACAAACAUCGAGUGGGACUCGAAGUUGAGUGAGUUUUUGCAAGUUCCCAGAUCAAGAUCAGCAUAUUUUGAAGACAUGACAGAUUUAGCCCAACUAUAA